CUUUAUUUUUAUUUUUAUUUUUUUACUUUGGAUACAGUUGCAAUACAGGUAAAUAAAAUAAGAUUUGAGAAUAGAAGUACACUUGGUUGUUUUAGUAGUAACUGGUAAUCUGUCAAUAGUCAAAUGAAACAGAUAGGGAAGGGACCAAAGUCACUGGGUGAUCUAGUGUGGUGCCUGGGGGCUCAAUUCCCAGUAGUGACACAGUAGAAAAAAGGCUCACACACUAUAAUACUGCAACAAUUAUUUUUUCUUUAUAUGUAUUCUUCAGAGAUGCAACACAAAAAGCUGAAAAUAAUAAUCACCCAGUGUGGAACAUAGCAAGUCCGCAUAUAGUUACUUGGAGAAUUCCCCGGCUUCCUGAGCUUCCAUUCGCAGCUCCACUGCUUGCUUCUUUAGCCGUCUCCAUUCACUCGAAGGACAGAGCAAGAUAAACCAUGUCCCAAUGCUGGAAGUCUCCCUUGGUCAAUGGAAACAGAGAUGGCGGGAUGACGCCAUUCCGGACCCCACCGCAGAGGCACGAUUCACCGAAACACUGGAGCUCCCCCCAUCAGAACCGACAAAGCAGGAACUGGUCAUCUUCUCCGAGCAACUGGAGCCCUCAACAUUACAAUUCCAGUCCAGAUGGAUACUGGGGACACCAGCGACAGUGGUCUCCUAACCAAUGGGAUCCGGCGUCUAACUACCACAGAAGCUGGGGCUUCACCCCCAAGACUCCCCAAUACUCACCUUCUUAUAAACAGAGUCCAGAGCACGGCUCAGUAUACCCCGAGAGGAAGAAACAGGUCCAUUUCAGAAGAAAUCUUAAAGACAUCGGAAUCUACUACAGCCCAUCCAUGGUGGAGGACCCUUGGGCAGAACUAGAGGCCAAAGCUACUGUUUCGGCAGGGUCCAAAUGAGGCCUUGAAGCACCCUUAAACGGGUACUCUAGUGGAAUUUCUUUUGUUAAAUCAA